AUAGACUCUGUGACGGAAUCAGAAUUUCAAAAUACUGAACAUAAUAUAUUUUUGGUUGAGAUUUCAAAAACUAUUGAUGAUUGAUUUUUGAAGUUCAGCUAAGACGGGAGUAGAGCCCGAAGUCCGGAGUGGGGCCUAUCUCUAGAUACCACAAAAGAACUGCAUGCCGUGGCUUUCUUCCGACUAGUGAAUAAGGUAAGGUCCUUGUUACCAUAUAUUUUGUCCACUGCAGAGUACAAAUUUGAAGGGGUUUCGGUCUACAUACCCCUCUUGCCUCCUCAUGCAAUUGCUCCUUUAUUUCCUUUUUGUUUUCUUGUCAAAAUAUGUACUUUUCAUGUUUGAUUAUGUGUACACACUUGAGCAUAUUGUUUAUAUUUACGACUGGUUUGUUGUAAUUAUCAAUAAAAUCAUUUUCAAGAUAAUCAUACAUACGUGUCGCUCUUUUCUUCUUACUUCCCAGUAGUAGGGUACAGAGGAUUCGAAUUCAGUCUAUAUCUGAGAGAGUCUAUAUUAAAUUGUUUUCAAGACGAGAUUGAUCAAUCGGAAUUAGAACCCGGACGACAACAGAUAAAAUCACUUUCCAUGAGCUGUAUUCCUAGUUAGCGUCUAUGGUUAUAAAAAUCUCUGAUUCGGUCUAUUAAUCUUGCAAGUCGUCUCCCCGAUUCGACUUUUAUAAUCCGAUUGAUUAUUAUAAAUUUCUCUAAAUAAUAUGUUAUAUAGUAAAUUGAACCAAUAUAUUAAAUAUUAUUAUAAUAUUUAUAGAUACCUGAUACUCUGAUAGAUCCGUCCAAUUAGUUUCCAGAUCAUAUUAUUUUCUGAUCACCACCUCCAACGAUCAAUGUCGAUCCCUGAUUUUUACCACCACGAUCGUGUCAAAUAAAUCUCUCAGCUUGUACUGAAAAAAGAACAUCACCCAUCUAGUGAACUCCAUACUCACGACUCUUUUGGACAUAUAGGACUUGAUUGUACACUUUAUUACCAAACGGUGUAUAUCCUCCUUGAUCUGACAUGUUUAAGUAUUAUAUGCUGUACAGCUAACAGGUGUUUGGUAUUAUGCCCUGUUUGGUAACAGGGAAUUGAUUUCAAAUCCAAGAUUUGUUCAAAUAUCUUGUUUGGCAAUUUUAAAAAAUUCAGGAUUUGUAUUUCUCCAAUUCCAUCCAAACUUAAACACUGGUCAUAAUAGAAUAAUUUGAAAUGUCAUUCUACCACAUAGCAUUUGAAAUAAAAAAACUAAACGACACUCCAGCUACUCCUUCCCGAUCCACUCUGCUGCUCGCUCCUCUUCUCCACCGCUUUCACGCCGCUGCUCGCUCCGGCCAUCACGCCGCUGCUCGCUCCGGCCAUCCUUCCGUCUUCGAAGGCAGGUAGAAGCAGCCCCUUGUCUCCCCAAGUGCUAAACAAUUUACAAAUACACAUUACAGGAUGGGGACUAAAAGACCAGGAAAAGAGCAUUUAGCUCAACAAAAUACCAUGCCACAAGCUCCUGCUCGCAGGGGUUACCGUUCGUGGAGUACACAAAUGGAUGUAGUACUCACUGCAACUCUAUUUCAACAAAUAAAUGAAGGGAACAAGGGUGAUGGAGAUUUCAAACAGCAAGCCCUUCAAGCUGUGGUUGAUAACUUGAAGACGAAAUUAAACAUAUCCUUAACUCCUACUCAUGUUAGGAAUCGUAUCAAGACAUGGAAGACUCACUAUUCAGAGAUCACUGAUAUACGGAACUACACCAAGUUUAGAUGGGAUGAAGACCGAAAGAUGCUAGUUAUUCCUGUUGAAGAACUUGAAGACUGGCAGAACUACUGUAAGGAGAACCCCAAUGCUUCCAAGUAUCAGAACAAGAGCAUUGAUAAUUGGGAUGAUAUAUGCACUCUAUUUGCAUCAGACAGAGCAACUGGUGAGGGUGCCGAGCAAUAUGAAGAAUCAGCAGCUGCAAUGGAGAUGGAGAAUGAACUUGGCAGCGGCGGUGCCAAUUCAGAGGCAGCUUCCGGGGAGUCAAACAAGAAGGUAAAGAGAGAUCGUCUUGCAGAUGCAGUGACUAAAUUUGCCGAGUCUUUCAGUGAGUAUGUGAGUAAAGCACGUGGCCCUCCAAGACCCUCUAGCAAAGAGAUAUAUGAUGUCCUAUCCGCUGUUCCUUAUAUUUCUCGGAUGCAAAUCCUGAAAGGCGUGAAAAGUUUUAUGAAUGGCACGGUCGAUAUGUUUGAAAUGCUUAAGAGCUUGCCGGAGGAUGAUAAAUUAGAUUGGGUUUUGUUACAUAUUGAUGAUUAGUUAGAAUAUUUUGUCUUAGAUUUUAUUUGUAAUUUUGAAUGAGAUUAAAUAUUUAUACCAUGUAUCGCCUACUUCAAAAUAUUAUUUAGAUAAAUGUUGAAGAACACAUGUGUAAUUAAAUUUGGAGUUAUGAUUAAAUUUUUAGGUGAAAA